GGGAAAGGCGUUUGGCGCGUAAGGACACAUUAAAAGGUGGUCGGUAACGCAGCAAAGGUAUCAGAUAGAUGCACGGCUUUACCCAAAAACCCCGUAUUCUGGAGGAGAUACUAAUUAUAUAUAUACACAGCCCAUUUACUGUGUUCUGCCACAGCAAAUAUUCUGAGAAUGAUGAAAUAUGCCCGGCUUCACCACAGUCGAAAGCACAGCGAUUCUCAAGGGGUUUACGCUUUCUUUAAUGGCGCAGAAACCUACGCCCCUGUUUCUGCUGGUACGGCCGAAGGAAUGCCAGAAGACAAAGGUGGAGGAAAUUUUUAUGGUUACAGGCUAGGUGCUGCAGUACAGAGAGCCAUGGCCAUGAGGGAGCGCGGCUCCCCUUGCAAAGCAGAGGAUAUCAAAGGUAUUGGUGGAAUGAGAGAUAUUUACAUGUCAGGGCUCACCUACUCUCCUCCUCUUCCUUAUAAUGCUGAAAUGACCGAGGAGGAGAUCUUUCAUGCUGCCAUUAAACCCCAAUCUGUGAAAUUUACUCGCUUUUGUCCAGAUCUAGAUGGAGUUCACCAGGAAUUUGGGCGAAUUUCGAAUGGAAAACAGAACCUUGAAAUUUUUGGGGUUUACAGAUGUGUUGAAGAAGAUAUUGGCGAAAAUCAGGGUGUUAAGAAAAGGAAUUUUGUGAAACGCCUUUGCCGGCAGCUGUUCGGUCGUCGGAAGAAAUCUUCUGCAAUGAAGAGCGUAGGGAUUGCAGAGGGACAGUUGGAACAGCUGGAAAAACGUGGCUCUGUUUGAUUAAAAGCGUACAUACGCGUCAACUUUGAAGUUUUACAGUUUGAACGAAGGGCUUCACAGAAAAUUCAAACAACUAAAGGUGCAGAUUUGCAUGUACACUGACCAGUACAGCAGGUAUUUAAGCCUUUUAUGGAAAGACUGUCUGUGCCUCCUCACCUACCACCUUCCUUUUUUGUACAUUGUAUGAUCACUUUAUCAAUAAAGUUAAAUAGGAUAUAUUCCUUAACAAUUUGA